AUGGCGGCGCCCACUGCUUGCCACGCAGACUUCCGCCCGGCGCCGAGACUGAAGGCUGCUGGGGAGUCGCGUCGGCCGUGAAGUGACGCGCGGUGUGGCGCUGCGGCCCGUUUGCAUCUCAACCUCGAUCCUGGCUGAGAGGCUUGAAGAGAGGGCGACAUGUCAGAAGGAAAUGCGGCUGGCGAGUCCAGCACUCCAGGAGGGCCACGGCCCCUCCUGACUGGAUCCCGGGGACUCAUCGGGCGGCGACCCUCAGCCCCUCUCCCUCCGGGCCGCCUUCCCUCCAUGCGUUCCAGGGACCUCACCCUCGGGGGAGUCAAGAAGAAAACUUUCACCCCAAAUAUCAUCAGUCGGAAGAUCAAGGAAGAACCUAAGGAAGAAGUAACUGUGAAGAAGGAGAAGCGAGAGCGGGAUAGAGACCGCCAGAGGGAGGGUCAUGGACGAGGCCGGGGUCGCCCAGAAGUGAUCCAGUCCCACUCAAUUUUUGAGCAGGGCCCUGCAGAAAUGAUGAAGAAGAAAGGGAACUGGGAUAAGACAGUUGAUAUGUCGGACAUUGGGCCCUCUCAUAUCAUCAACAUCAAAAAGGAGAAGAGGGAGACAGAUGAAGAAACCAAGCAGAUCCUACGCAUGCUGGAGAAGGAUGACUUCAUCGAUGACCCUGGACUGCGGAAUGACACACGAAACAUGCCUGUACAGCUUCCACUGGCUCACUCGGGGUGGCUUUUCAAGGAAGAGAAUGAAGAGUCCGAUGUUAAGCCUUGGCCGGCGGGUCCCAAGGAAGAGGACAUGGAGGUGGACGUUCCUGCUGUGAAAGCAGUGAAAGAGGAGCCACGAGAAGAGGUAGAGGAGGAGGAGGCUAAGAUGAAGGCUCCUCCCAGGGCAGCUAGGAAGAUGCCCAGUCUGCCGAAGGAUGUGUCUGUGGCAGAGCUGCUCCGGGAGCUGAGCCUCACAAUGGAUGAGGAGCUGUUGUUCCUCCAGCUACCAGACACCCUCCCUGGCCAGCCGCCCACUCAGGACAUCAAGCCUGUCAAGACAGAGGUGCAGGGCGAGGAUGGACAGAUGGUUGUCAUAAAGCAGGAGAAAGACCGGGAAGCCAGGCUGGCAGAGAACUCUUGUACUUUGGCUGACCUGACUGAGGGCCAAGUUGGCAAGCUGCUCAUCCGCAAGUCAGGGAAGGUACAGCUCCUCCUGGGCAAGGUGACUCUGGAUGUGACCAUGGGAACCACUUGUUCCUUUCUACAGGAGCUGGUGUCUGUGGGCCUUGGAGACAGUAGGACAGGGGACAUGACAGUCCUGGGACACGUGAAGCACAAACUUGUCUGUUCCCCUGAUUUUGAAUCUCUCUUGGAUCACAAACACCGGUAAAAUGAGCAGAUGGAGGAGGAUAGCAACUGCCACGGCUGCUGCCUGCUCCAGACAUUUUGUUCUCGCAUCCAUGUGACCCAGAAGGGGCCUGUGGAGCCCACCCAGACUCCAGCAUUUGGCAGCCAUCAUCUUGGUCUCCCCCCAUCCAGGGCCCUCGCAGCUCCCUCCCCCAACAGCUGUGAACUGCACUGUGACCUUCCCACAGCCUGGAUAUAGAUGGCAUGUCCCUGCUGCUGGGGACUUUUCCCUGCUAUUUAUUUUUAUAUUUAUGUUUUAAUCUCCUCAGUUGACUGCAUCUUCCCAAGGUAGGUUUCAUAGGUUCCUUGUCUUGGGGCCCCCAGGCUACAGAAGUGGGAAUGGACAAAGCUUCUGCUCUCUCCUUUCUUCUCAGAGGCAGACAGGAGAGAGAGAAGGGUAGAGUCUGAGACCUAAGCACUCAGUCCCAGCUUGCUGGUUCCUCGUUCUCAGCCCUUGGACAAACUGCCUAACCUUUCUGAACCUCAGUCCUCAUCAGUUGGAAAUGGGGAUGGUAACCUACCUCACAGAGUUGGUGUGAGGAUCAAGUGGAACAUUGUGGAUGAAAACUACCUGCAAAGCCCAGACUUAUUCCCAUAGCUCUCAAUAAACAGUACUUUUCUCUUUC